CUUGAGGCAGAUACCCCAGAUGGAGCAAUGACAAGGACACAGCUAGCAGCAGUUGCGUAACUGACUGGCCCACACGGUACUUGCGCAAAGUCCUGAGGUGUCAGAAUGGCCUCGACAAGCAUAAGAAGGCGGGCUCUCUUGCUCUCAUUAUACGCCCCGCCAGCCCGACGAGUCCAUAUCCACAUCUCAACAGCGUCAUUCACCUCCCUUGCCUCUCACUGCCAGGUGCCCCCUUCUCGGGUUCAGAUAAUCCCAAGACACGCCCAACUAUCAUCCACAGCCACUGCCACUGCCACUGCCAUAACCAACAAAAAAACACCACACCCCCGGACAUAUAGCAGCAGCAGCAACAUGGCAGACAAGCCUGAGCCCACCGGCCUCAUCGCCACGGACGGCAUUGAGCUGUUCACCCAGGGGACCCCCAACGGCUACAAGGCCAGCAUCGUGCUGGAGGAGAUCAAGGAGGCCUAUGGCGACAGGGCGCCCAAGUACGUGUGGCAGGCCAUCAACAUCAUGAAGAACACCCAGAAGGAGGAGUGGUACACCAAGAUCUGCCCCAACGGCCGCAUCCCCGCCAUCGUCGACCACGACCGCGGCGGCUUUGCCGUCUUCGAGGGCCUGCCCAUCCUCACCUACCUGACCAAGCACUACGACCCGGACAACAAGCUCAGCUUCGCCUACGACUCGGACGACUACUCGGUCGCCGAGCAGUGGAUGGCCUGGCAGCACGGCGGCGUCGGCCCCAUGCAGGGCCAGGCCAACCACUUUGUGCGCUUCGCCAGGGAGAAGAUCCCCUACCCCAUCCAGCGCUACGUCGGCGAGACGGAGCGCCUGUACGGCAUCCUCGACGCCCGCCUCAGCGACCGCGACUAUGUCGCCGGCCCGGCCCGCGGCAGGUUCUCCAUCGCCGACAUCUCGCUCCUGGGCUGGGCCAACGCCACCGUCCUCGCCGGCAUUGCCGACCUCGAGGGCCAGUUCCCCAACGUCAACGCCUGGCUCAAUCGCUGUCUGGAGCGCCCGGGCGUCAAGAGGGGCUUUGCCAUCCCCCAGGAGGCCUCGUUCGCCAACAAGGCGGCCCUGCAGAACAUCAAGGAUGACCCCGAGGCCAGGCAGAAGGCAGAGGAGGUCAAGAAGCUGAUUGAUGAUGCCAAGGCACAAUAUGGCUACAAGUAUGCUUCGCCUUAGGGGAGAGACAAAGGGGGGGCCUGUGAAUGCAUACUUAGUAGUACCUAGGUACCCAAGGUAAUCACAUACUAUAUUGAAGUACCUGUCUGUUGGCUAUUGUUAGGGGCUGCUACUGCCUUUCUUAGACAUGCACCCUUGCCAGCACCCAAUCGGAUCGUUACAGUAUGGGCUAGCAAUACUAUGGUACACGGGAGCGACAGCCCUGUGGAUCCACAACAGUCAACAACGUCAUGCAAGUGAACACUAAAAA